AUGAGAGGUGCUCUCUCCUCUCUCCUCGAAUGGCCGUGCUGGCUUGGUGGAUGGCUGCUGGAGAUCCUCUCAUCCCUCUUUCUGCUCAGCUUGAAGAACCAGAAAGGCGAUCGGUGCAGACAUGCUGGGGAUUUUCUGUUUGACGAGACCGGUCAUGGAAGCGAGACGAACCGCGACACGCGAUGGAUGAAUAGCAGAAAACCUAUGUUUAAUCGAUGCCCUCAUCGAGAGGGUUGUUGCCCUAAAAGGGUGCUCUGUAAACGAAAACGAGCACUGUUACGCGAGGAUCUCAAUCCCUCGAGUGAAACUUAUUUAUCAAAGACUAGCCCUGCGAAAAAAUGCAGAAUUGUUCGAUUACACGAAUGGAGAUUUUGGCUCCCAUCAACGUCGGAUCUGGUAGGCGAUCAAUCGCUGUUAUCCAAGACCGACGAGUUUAUUAAUGUUGUUAGCAGCCCUAUGGGGAGAGCUGGCGUUUAG